AACUCGACUCGGCACUCCAAAGUACACAGCCUCCGCGAUUGCAGUGGUGUGCUUUCUUACGGUUCCUGCCACCGUCGCCGCCUGAUAUCCAUUCCUCGCCGCGGCCUCGCGCCCAGUGGUUAACAGUCGGCCACAGAUCGGUGCUUUCCACACGUCGCAGCCGCAGAAGGGCACGACAUCCGCAGGGCCAGCCAGAAUCCACGGGCCGUCGGCAUCAUGAAACUUACGUUGUUCACAAUAUUAGCCCUCUGUAUAAUAGCCGUCAGCAGAUCAGCCGAAGAAGAAUAUGAUUACGAGGAAGAGGCGGCAGCAGCGCCGGUGACGCCGGCGCCAACGAAGCCAGCAGGUGGUCGGCUGGGAGGCCUUCUUUCCUCGAGAGGACGUGUCAAUGUAGCAAAUGUAGGAAAGAAAAGAGCGCCAGCGGCUCAGUCGACGACGUCGAAGCCGGUGCCGGAACAAGCGGCCGAAGAAGACAUAGUCGAAGACGAAGACGUGCUUGAAGAGAGCGAAGAACACGAAGCUCCUACGACUACGACCGAAGCUGCGAAGAAACUUCGGAACGGUGGCGUCCGGCCCUUCAGAUCAAACGAGGAUCUUCUGGCUGCCUUGAAGAGGAGAAGAGCCCAGACCGGACCCAGUAGUCAUCCACGAGAAACCGCCGCUACGCAUUCCGCAGUAGAAUACACCACAGCUAAGUCAAAAGCUACCACAAACAACCGUGCCAAGGCCAGCACAGGUGGCGAGGCUAGAUCGUCAGGACGGGGCAGGUUCGGAGGAAGAGGAAGUAAGACUGUUCAGGAGGAGGUCGAAGAGACCCAACGGGAGGAAAUUCAAGUGAAACCCAAAAGCAACUCUUACCGCAGAGGUGGUCGAUCAUAAGUUGAUCACUAAGCCGUAAUGAGAUUUGCCCAAACUCUCGUUGACUUCUUAGAAACACAAAUUGUUGGAAUGCACGACACUUUACCUGCGGCCAGAAACCGUCGUCUCUUUCUUCUCUUUUUCUUUCUCACUGUAAAGCAUCAAAAGUCUUCUUCAAACGACAUCGUCGAGUUCUCGGCGCGGAUCAAAGUCUCAAUUUCCGCGCGUAUCGAGACUUCCGAUAAUACACAAUUAACGUUAAACAAAGGAUCGUGAUGUACCUCUGGCACGAGUCAUACCGAGGCAUCUCGUCUUUCCUCGAAGAACGGCAGCUUCGUUCGCGUGUUAUAAAAAUAUAUAU